CUUUUACAAUAUUAAUAAUAAGAUUUUAUCAUCUGAUAAUUAUAAAUACUGUUCAAUCAAAUCAAUCAAUUGUUGCAAUGAAUCCAUAGGACAAUAGAUCUGAUCAAACGUUUAUAUACAAAUCAAUUGAGUCUUUGAAGAGCUUUUCCUUUAUUUAAUUGAUUUCUCAUCAUCAUCAUCAUUCAUCAUAUUAUCUGUUAAUUCAAAAUGGACAUGAAAUAUUAUUUCCUAUUGAUAAGUGUAUUUUUAAGCCAUCUGAUUGUCCAGUCGGAAAAUUUUCCAAGGCGAUAUAAACCAACAUGGGAAUCAAUUGAUUCACGGCCACUUCCCGAAUGGUAUGACAACGCAAAGGUCGGUAUUUUCAUCCAUUGGGGUGUUUUCUCGGUUCCCGCUCGACAAAGCGAAUGGUUCUGGUGGGACUGGAAGGGUCUAAACAAUCAGAAUCUAAUCGAUUACAUGGUUCAUAAUUUCAAGCCCAAUUUUACGUACGCUGAAUUUGCACCAAUGUUUACAGCUCGACAUUAUAAUCCAGACCAUUGGACAUCAGUGUUCAAACACUCUGGUGCCAGAUACGUUGUAAUGACCAGUAAACAUCACGAAGGUUUUACCCUUUGGCCUUCCAAAACUUCAUGGAACUGGAAUGCAAUGGACGUUGGACCAAAAAGGGAUCUAGUUGGUGAAUUGGCAACAGCUAUAAGGAAAACUGAUCUACGAUUUGGCCUUUACCAUUCGCUAUAUGAGUGGUUCAAUCCUCUAUUCCUAGCAGAUCAAGCAAAUAAUUUCACCACUCAAGCAUUUGUCCAUGCUAAAACUAUUCCUGAACUUUACGAUAUCGUGAACACGUAUAGACCUGAGAUAAUUUGGUCUGACGGUGAUUGGAAUGCAACUGAUGAUUACUGGACAUCAAGGGAUUGGAUCACUUGGCUUUACAAUGAAAGCCCAGUCAGAGAUACUGUUGUUACAAAUGAUCGUUGGGGAUCUGGAGUCAUGUGUAAUCAUGGAGGUUUUCUUACCUGUCAAGAUCGCUAUCAACCUGGAACUUUGCAAACUCGUAAAUGGGAAAGCACGAUGACCAUUGAUCGCCACUCAUGGGGAUAUGUGAGAACUUCAACUGCCGCCGAUUAUUUAACUUACAAGGAAAUAAUAACAUCUCUUGUUAAAACAGUUAGUUAUGGUGGUAAUCUAUUGAUCAACAUUGGUCCAACCGCUGAGGGGACAUUACCACCGAUCAUGGAGGAGAGAUUAAGACAAAUGGGAGCUUGGUUAAAGGUCAAUGGUGAGGCAAUUUAUCACACUCAACCUUGGGUCUAUCAAAAUGAUUCUUUAACUAGAGAUGUUUACUACACUGAGCCGAAAUACUCUGACGAUCAAACUGUUUUCGCCAUAUUUUUGGAAUGGCCGAUAACCAAUCGCUUAGAACUUGGAUCAGUAAAUGGAAACCUGAACAAAACCCAAGUCUCUUUCAUUGGACCGGACGGAACAUUGGCCCCGCUCGUAUGGACGAAACGUGGAUCUCAUAUAAUUGUCCAUUUGAAUCCAGUCAUUUCAGAUUUUUGGGGCUGGGUUAUUGUAUUAACUCACGUUAAUCCACUCUAAUUAACCCAACAAUCAAUUUGUUAGAAUCAUUGGUGAUUCAAUCAAAUAAACAACAUUAUUAUUGGAACAGAAAACUAUCAAGUAAACACUAAUUAGCGGAUAAAUAAUGAAAAAUACUCAAAUAAACAUCAAUGAAAACUUUUUCUUUCAGGACCAACGAAACUAAUUAAACACCUUUAUAUGAUUAA